AGCAACAAGGGAGCUGUGGGGAACUCUGUCACCACCAUCUUGCAUAACAACUACUCUGACAAACCCCUCACCCCCAAGAGCUCCAACCAGAAACCCUCCUUCAAGUGAGUCAAAAAUAUAAUACAUUAUUUCAUUGUCUUUCAUUCAGUCUUUUGCGGCAUACAGUAUACUGCAUUAGUACUUCAAAGGUUUGUGCAGUUUUUAUACUGUGUUGAUAAGAAGUAUGUGAAAGAACUUGGUGACAACUGCUGAUGUAAAAAAGCUUUAUAAAUACAUUUGAUUGAUACUAAGUUAAUGUCCAUGUCUCUCUCUCUGUGUGCUCAGUAACAUCCUGAAAGCCACAGUGAAUGACGAGGGACCCCUGGAGAGCAGCUCUCUGACCACCAAGUCCCAGAAGAACUUCUCCUCGUCCUCCUCUACGUCUAACAACAAUGCUGCCCAGCGCAGCCCCAGAGGCUCCCCCAGCCUGCCCCGUAGGAGAGAGGUCACCGAGGAGGAGGCAGAGAGGUCAGAGUUCACUCAGCAAGGCACCUUGGGAAUCAAUGCUCUUGUGUUGUAAUGUUUUGUCUAGCAAAUGUCUUUAGAAGUGCCCUUGCACAUUCUCUGUCAUUGAUUUUACAAUGGUGGAAACUCCCUCCAGCCAAAGCUUACACCAAUCCUUUGCUUUUAAAUCCGUGAUGGGUUGUGUGCAUGUCCAGAACAACUUUGGAAAAUCAGUCACUCUCCUUCCUUACAGCUCCUUGUAUUGAUUUGUGGUGACUUUUUUUUUUGUUGCGUAUUGCUCACCCUAGCCUUUGACCUCUAUGUUGUUGUGUCUGAAGGUUCAUCCAGCAGGUGAACCAGGCAGCGGUGACCAUCCAGCGGUGGUAUAGACGCUAUGCCAGAAGACAGUCACAGCACGCCAGCCAGGCUGCCCUCAGACGCAUCCUUACCACCAAGAAGAAGGUAAACGUCUGGUCUACCUGAUCUCUGUUUAGCUGAGUAUACCACCACCACACAAUACUACUAGGCCAUUGUGGUUUUAUCCAUUGAAUCCAUAGUCACUAGCACUGCGUCCAUAGAAUUAAUGUAAUAAUAAGAUAAUAUACAGUGCCUUCGGAAAGUAUUCAGACCCCUUGAAUAAUUUACGUAAGUAUUCAUAACCCUGAGUCAAUACUUUGUAGAAUCACCUUUGGCAGCGAUUACAGCUGUGAAUCUUUUUGGGAAAUGUCUAAGAGCUUUGCACACCUGGAUUGUACAACAUUUGCCCAUUAUUCUUUAAAAAAAUUAUUCAAGCUCUGUCAAGUUGAUUGUUGAUCAUUACAAGACAGCCAUUUUCAAGUCUUGCCAAUAUAAGUCAAAACUGUAACUAGGCCACUCGGGAACAUUCAAUGUCGUCUUGGUAAGCAACUUCAGUGUAGAUUUCAGCAGGUUAUUGUCCUGCUGAAAGGUGAAUUCAUCUCCCAGUGUCUGUUGGAAAGCAGACUGAACCUGGUUUUCCUCUAGGAUUUUGAUUGUGCUUAUAGCUGUAUUCAGUUUAUUUUUAUCCAAAAACUCCCUAGUCCUUGCCGAUGACAAGCAUACCCAUAACAUGAUGCAGCCACCACCGUGCUUGAAAAUAUGAGGAGUGGUACUCAGUGAUGUGUUGUGUUGAAUUUGCCUCAAUCAUAAGGCUUUGUAUUCAGGACGAAAAGUACAUUUCUUAGCCAAUAAUUUUUGCAGUAUUACUUAAGUGCCUUGUUGCAAACAUGAUGCAUGUUUUGAAAUAGUUGUAUCCUGUACAGGCUUUCUUCUUUUCACUCUGUCAUUUAGGUUAGUAUUGUGGAGUAACUACAAUGAUGUUGAUCCAUCCUCAGUUUUCUCCUAUCACAGCCAUUAAACUCUGUAACUGUUUUACAGUCUCCAUUGCCCUCAUGGUGAAAUCCCUGAGUGGUUUCCUUCCUCUCCGGCAACUGAGUUAGGAAGAACGCCUGUAUCUUUGUAGUGACUGGGUGUAUUGAUACACCAUCCAAAGCCUAAUUAAUAACUUCACCCUGCUCAAAGGGAUAUUUAGCGUCUGCUUUUUUUUAUUUUACACAUCUACCAAUCAGUGCCCUUUGCGAGGCAUUGAAAAACCUCCCUGGUCAUUGUGGUUGAAUCUGUGCUUGAAAUUCACUGCUCAACUGAGGGACCUUACAGAUGAUUGUAUGUGUGGGGUACAGAGAUUGUAGUUAUAAAAAAUAUCAUAUUAACCACUAUUAUUGAACACAGAAUGAGUCCAUGCAACUUUAUUAUGCGAUUUGUUAAGCACAUUUUUACUCCUGAACUUAUUUAGGCUUGCCAUAACGAAGGGGUUGAAUACUUAUUGACUCAAGACAUUUCAGCUUUAAAUUUUUUAUUAAUUUCUCACAUUUUCUACAAACAAAAUUCCACUUUGACAUUAUAAGGUAUUGUGUGUAGAUCAGUGACACAAAAUCUCAAUUUAAUCAAUUUUGUAUUCAGGCUGUAACACAAAAACAUUUAGAAAAAUUGAAGGUGUGUGAAUAAUUUCUGAAGGCACUGUAUAUGAUCCCUGCGGGAAUUGAACCCACAACCUUUUUGGGUUAACCCUGUGUAGGAACGAGAACAGAGAGCGGAGGAGGGGAAGUCUCCAGAGGUGCAGAAGAAGGAGGAGGACAGGAAAAGGAUUCGUGAGGAGAAGGCUCGUCUUGCCCGCGUCACAGCCAUUCAGGUAUUAUAGAGGAAUAUUUACACAGCCUCAGCGAAGGUAUACAGGAUGAAUUAUGGCUGAAUGUAUAGUUGAACUAUAGCUGAACUUCCUACAGUAGAUAUCUCUUAUCGUACAUGAGUCAUAACACAGUGGUUUCUAGGCUAUUCUUUGUUAGAUCCCACUCUCUCAACUACAUUUCUUUCUCACCUCUGUCUUUCAGACACUUACUUUUCAACCCCAAAUGUUCCCCAACCCCAACAAAUGCUGCUCCUUCGUUUUUUGUUGUUGUAUCCACGAUGCCCCAUCAAGUUCUUGCCCCCCCCCCCCCCCCCCCCCCCCCUCACACACGUUUUCCUUUCCCAACAAAUGCCAAAGGCGUUAACCCCACAAAGCCAAAUGCUUCAGUCUUGAUGACACAAAUGUAGUAGAUUUAGAAAAACACCUUGCAGACAGUUCCCACAUAGCCUGGGUGCUGGUCUGUUCCUACUCUCUAGCCAACUACUGAUAGAAUUGUAAUGUUUGACUUGACAAUGAGUGACAAGGAGUUGGCAAGAUGGCACAAACAGAUCUGGAACAAGGCUAGUUCCUGCUCCGGGGUGAAGUUUCCCCAUGGUACAGAUUUAAGAUCAGCUUCCCCUAACCUUUAUAAUUAGUGGGAAAAAUGCUAAGCUGGCCCAAGAUCAGCGUCUAGGGGCAACUUCACCCUAGUUCCCCCGUCUCUCCCUCUGUGGCCCUGCGUGCCUAAUGUCGCCCCCUCCUGCUGUGUUGCAGGAGCUGCAGCAGAAGAGAGCCCAGAGGGCUGCCGAGGUACAGGCCUUGGCCCAGGAGGAGAUGGAGACCCUGACACACAGUGGCAAGGUGGGCCGUAAGAAACCCCCCAAGACCACCACCUCCUCCUCCAGCAACAAGAGCCCCACAUCCCCCUGCAACAGGAACCCUAUCUCCCCCACUGGCUCUGACGUCAAGGCCCAGAACACAGGUCAGUCUCUCCCUGGGCCUCUAAUGGCAACUUGCCCCAUCAAGCCUAGUGCAGUCAUGGAUGUAAUGUAAAUUAGUGUGCAGUGUAACUGGCUUCCGCAUUUCCUUUCUCCAUUGCCAGCUAACAUAUCCUGACCUGUAAGCACAUAUAGUUGCAUACAGACAUUGCCCUCAGGUUUUUCCUCUGUUUGUCUACAGACUCUAACAAUGUGAACGUUGUGACUGACCUGGAUGAUGUCACCAACCUGAGAGCGCUGUCCCCUGCACUGUCCAAUCGCAGAGAUUCUCAAUGCUCACAGGUAACAAACCAAUGAUUAAUUGAUUCUACCUCUAUAUAAAUGUACCAUAACAGUAUGAGACCUGAUCUUUGGAAUAUUCCCAUUGUUUAUGCUUUUUCUCAUUCUUAAACCUGUCUUAAUUAUCUGUAUAUUGUCUACAAAACCAGUGCGUUCAGGAUGAUUUAAUCUCAUCCAUGUCCUGACGCUGUAUUUGUUCUUCUCUGUAUAACAGGAGAUUCUGCAGCGGUCAGUGAGUGUGGAGGACCAGCGCCAGGGGGCGCUGUCGAGCAGAGCCCAGUCUAAGACCACCCUGAAUGACCUGCUGGACACUCUGAAGCUCCUAGAGGAAGAACCAGAGAGGCUGUCUGAACCCAAGAGCUACCACAAGGAGAAGUACUCCUGGAUAGACGAGGUAAGGCUGCACUACUCUCUUCAUUCCACAAAGUUGUACCCUUCCCUCUGCCCUUGUUCACUCUCUGAAGCUACUUGUAUCUAUCCAGAUCUGAAGCUACUUGUAUCUAUCCAGAUCUGAAGCUACCCUUAUCUAUCCAGAUCUGAAGCUACUUGUAUCUAUCCAGUCCUGUUUCACACCUUGAUUCACCUCAGCUCUUGGUAAUGCCUUGUAAUCCAAUAGAUUUCAACUACUUGAUGUCUACUCUACCUUUUUAGCCUUUCAUUUUUUUAUGAGCCAACACAGUCUUGGGACGCGUAGGAGACCCCAGUGGUGCAAACCCCAGUGGUGCAAACCCCAGUGGUUCAAACCCCAGUGGUGCAAACCCCAGUCGGUCACAUACAUAUUUUUAUUUCUCUCCCUUCCACUCCCUGACCACUAAUAACCUGUUUCUAUUAUUAGUAUUCUCUCAGGACAGAGACUCCAACUCCCUGACCACUGAUAACCUGCUUCUAUUCUCUCAGGAUGGAGACUCCAACUCCCUGACCACUGAUAACCUGUUUCUAUUCUCUCAGGAUGGAGACUCCAACUCCCUGACCACUGAUAACCUGUUUCUAUUCUCUCAGGAUGGAGACUCCAACUCCCUGACCACUGAUAACCUGUUUCUAUUCUCUCAGGAUGGAGACUCCAACUCCCUGACCACUGAUAACCUGUUUCUGUUCUCUCAGGAUGGAGACUCCAACUCCCUGACCACUGAUAACCUGGAGCGUCAUGGCCAGCUGGUCCAUACCCCUGUGCUGCCAGACGGGGGCGCUCUCCUCUCUGAGGCCAAGCUACAGAGCAUCAUGAGCUUCCUUGAUGAGAUGGAGAAGUCUGAACAGGAGAGACCUCGAUCUGUCACCUCAGGGUCACACAAAGAGGUGCGGGGAGACUCACUCAAUGUCAUUAUCCCGACAUUGCUGAUAAAAUAAGGAUUUGCUAGUGCAGGGCUUGCCUUCAUUUCUGAACUAGACCAGCAACCUCUCAAUACUGAUAAUGAGGGGUAGCUUGUUCUCCCUAUCUGACUGUUAUUAUACACACCUCUCCAAUCUUGAGAUGUGACUUGAGCUUUUAAUUUACCCUACCAUAUAGGGUUAGGUAGAUAAGGUUAGAUUUUGAGCUGAAAGGGUGAUGUGUUGCUGAAAUAGUUAGAUGUUAGUGAGUUGGACUGUGUGUGUUGCAGUGUGUGAGCUCUCUCUCUGGCUCUGUCUCCAUCGCUCUCUGUCUCUAGAUGUUGUCAGAAGAGGAUCUUGCGGGAAUAGAGCAAGCCUCGGCCACGGCUGCUGAGGUCACUGGCUCCAUGAUGAGACUGAAGUUGGAGCUGGAGGAGAAGAGGCGCACCGUCAACAUGCUGCAGUCCGCUCUGGUGAGAACAUGAAUAACAACACAAUACACAAGAUCAUCUCACAGCCAUAUGUGGUGUUUUCUUUUUCACAGGGUAACAGUUGUCAAUUGCAGAUGUCAUAUCUUUACCCCAUCUCAAUCUGUUCCAAAAAUAUAGAUAUAUGUUUUUGCUAAGACAACUUUGGGGGGCCAAAUUGAAUCGCAGGCCACCUGUUGCCUUUUGACAUUUUAGUCAUUUAGCAGACGCUCUUUUCCAGAGCGACUUACAGUUAGUGAGUGCAUACAUUUUUCAUACUGGCCCCCCGUGGGAAUCGAACCCACAACCCUGGCGUUGCAAGCCUAUCCCUGGUGUAUAGUAUUCACAUGCUAAGCUGUCCCCUCUCCGUCUCUCUCUCGCCCAUCCUCCAUCCCUCUCUCCCUGUCCCAGACCCAGCAGAGGGAGUUGACAGUGAGACAUGUGAAGGAGACAGAGAAGGAACUGAGCAGGAACUUCACUCUGCAGAAGGAGCAGUAUGAAGCCACCAUCCAGAGACACCUCACCUUUAUAGACCAGGUACAAACACACACACACACGACCCCCUUAGACUCUUAUCCAAGGCUAUGCCAUCACUCCCUCCUUUGAACUGAAAUGUCGUUAGCGCCUCUAUCUCUCAUCUCACUCUAUUUUCUCUCUCUCUGUUUGUGCAGCUAAUAGAUGAUAAGAAGGCUCUGAGUGAGCGUUGUGAGGGAGUGGUGGGAGAGCUCAAACUAGUGGAUCAGAAAUACACCAAGAAGAUCGGCCAGAUGCAGGAGCAGCAUGAACUGGUAAGGGGUCUCACACACACACGCACACUGCUUACAGGACUGACAUCUGCCAUCCUCUGUCCUGACCACUAGGAUGCAGACUUGAGCCAUCCACCACUAUGGCUAAGAGGAGGCAGAGGAGAUGAGGAUCUGUGUUUUAUCUGUUUGUGGUUUAACAGUCUCUUCUGCUGCUAGCGACUUCUCUCUGCUUAUGCCUUGUCUCUUUGUGGCAUUAUGUGUUUGCCUGCUUUGCUUGCCUCUGCUAUUGUUGCUUUUUAAUCACUGUGUUUUUUCUCCCUUUCCUCCUCUCCUUUCCUCCUCUCCUUUCCUCCUCUGUCCCGUCUGUCUCAUUUUUCUCUGGCUCUAGGUGUGGCAAAUUCUGGGUCCCUUGUGCGAGGUAACCUUUUUCCCUAACCCACUCAUCACUCCCGUCUUGCUCUUCUUUCUUUCAUUCAUUCAUUCAUUCAUUCAUUCAUUCAUUCGUUCAUUUGUCCUCCUUUCUCCUGUCAGGACUGUCUAUAUGCAUGCGAGUCUAUUCUGGUACCGUCUGUCUGUCUGUAGACUUGGUGUUGUAACAGUUUUUAAACCCCUGUCCUAGGCAGCUGACUAACCCUACAGUAUGUGUUCUCUCAGCCCUUGUCUGUCUUCAGUCUAAAACUCUUAAACCCUAUUCUUUCAUACCAUUUCCCUCUUGUGCAAUGUAGCCUCACAAACCAUUCCUGUUUGCAUAUCACCACCAAUUAUGUAUAUAAACAUUUUAAUAUGAAUAUAUGUAUGUUUAUGAUCACUACACUCUCAUCACCAAUCUAUUCUUGGUCACAUGAGAUGUAGCCUAAUCUUUGGCCAACAGAAAUUACCCUUGAUGUUUCAUUGAGGCACCUUUUUUCAUGGAAGAUGUCACAGAGAUGGUGUCGCUACAGUGUCCCUCCCAGUCACUGUAGUAACUUCUCUCCAAAGGAAGAUUGACCUUUGGCAUUUAACCUGAACUCUAACCUCUAACCUGCCCCUCUUCAUCCUCAGGAGAUCAAGAAGCUGAAAGAGUUGAUGAGUGUCACAGAGAAGGUCCGCAGGGAGAAGUGGAUCGACGAGAAGACCAAGAAGAUAAAAGAGAUCACUGUGAAAGGUGAGAGGAGGGCCUCCGUUGAAGCUGCCUCGAAGGGCCUCAGUUGAAGCUGCCUCGAAGGGCCUCAGUUGAAGCUGCCUCGAAGGGCCUCAGUUGAAGCUGCCUCGAAGGGCCUCAGUUGAAGCUGCCUCGAAGGGCCUCAGUUGAAGCUGCCUCGACGGCCCAGUUGAAGCUGCUCGAAGGGCCCAUUGAAGCUGCCUCGAAGGGCCUCAGUUUAAGUGCGCUCUAAGGCCUCAGUUCAGCUGCCUCGAAGGGCCUCUGUUGAAGCUUCAUCGAAGGGCCUCUGUUGAAGCUUCAUCGAAGGGCCUCUGUUGAAGCUUCAUCGAAGGGCCUCUGUUGAAGCUUCAUCGAAGGGCCUCUGUUGCUUCAGUUAAAGCGUUCUCGAAGGGCCUCCGUUGAAGCUGCCUCGAGGCCAGGAUCCUUCUCUCUCCUCUCUCUCCUCUCCUCCCUCCUCUCCUCUCUCCCUCCUCUCUCUCUCGCUCUCUCUCUCCUCUCUCUCUCUCUCUCCCGUUCCUUCUCUCUCUCUCUCCUCUUCCUUUUUUUCCCUCUUUUUCUCUCUCCUCUCAUCCUCUCUCCGCUCUCUCCUCUCUCUCUCUCUCGUCCUUUUCCUCUUGUUCUCUCUUCUCUUUGUGCCAGGUCUGGAGCCAGAGAUCCAGAAGCUGAUCUGUAAACACAAGCAGGAGCUGAAAAAGCUGCGGGUCCUUCACGAGGCUGAGCUGCUGCAGGCAGACGAGAGGGCAGCCCAACGCUACGUUCGCCAGAGUGAAGAGCUACGACAACAGCUGGAGAGAGACCGGGACGAGCAGUGUCAGAGAGAGAGGGAACUGGCCAAGCAGAGGUUUGUUUGCACACCAUACAUGCACGCACGCGGGCUCACACACACUCACACUACGAUAACAUUGUAAAUGCAAGACAGGAAACCCAAAAUAAUGGACAGGAACUAGCUUUAUAAGAAAUGAAGGCUAUUUGAAUCACCAAACCACCCCUGUAGAUAGUUAACCAAUGUGGUUGUCUUUCAGAAGCUGAAUGCAUUAGAGUAUGUGUGGUGUAGAGAUGGCUUUCUGUGUGUGCGUGUGCGCGCAUUGUACAGAUGGCCUUAUUUCCACUAGUCUGUUCUUUCCCACACAUCCUGUGUGACGUGGUCACGCUGCCUGCGCUCUAGUGAUAAGGUUCAAGGACGGACUAACAAUGAAAGAGCCAGGAAGGCAGUGUUUGCAUCCCAAAUGGCACCCUAUUUCCUAUAUAGUGCACUACUUUUGACAAAAGGCCAACAGGGCUCUAAUCAAAAGUAGUGCACUAUAUACGGAAUAGGGUGCCAUUUGGGACGCUAGCUUGUGACCCCAUUUUCAAAUCCGGUAACGCCAUCAGGCGAGCCCACAAACCUAACCAUUACAAAACUUCAAUUCGAUUAAAUAAGCCUUGCGUGGCAAAUUACAUUUUUUGUUGCCUAAAUUCGACACUCAUUGACCUCCAUACAAAAAUUCCUCACUUCGUGGACAUAUUUUGGGCAGAGUAAAGCCUCUCGCUUUGCCUCUUCCUCUCUGCUGCCAUUCCACCCAUUAUGCCAUCAUUGACCUGAAUGGGGAUGCCCGUUCUCUUCAUUAUAUUUAUAUUGCAGCACAUGCAGUCAGGAGCAGAGGAGAGGAGAAAAUGUGUUUAAAAAAACUUAUUUUUUUUCUAUUUGAACGGUUAUUACGGUGACUGCAGUCAUUUGGCUGGUCAAUUUCCGCCAUCCGAAAUUCCAUGACCAUCACAACCCUAUUGGAGUGUAUCAUUGGUUAAAGGCCCCCUCCAGAGGAAGUUGCCACAACUAUUUCAACCUAAUUCCUGUCCUAGUGCAGAAAUGCUUGUUUAGUUCCACCCUCCAAACACCGACUAUGGCUCUGGCACAUCUCCAACUUCCUCCGUGUGCACAGCCCGUACUGUCUCUGGCACAGCCCACACUCCGCAGUUUGUAAACAAACCAAACAGCCAGGGUCAGGUUAGCUUAGCUAAUCGCUACGGAGCACAGCACAUUUAACGGUAGCUACGACAAGGCGAAGGACCAUCCACUCUCCCCCUAUCUUUUUGUAACGGGAUUUAAUGAUCAUAGAUUAAUACUGAGUUUACUGGAGUUUUACCUACGAGGCUAGUUAACCUACUCCCUGGGCCAAUAAAGCUAGCUAGCCAGGUAAAAUGUAUGCACUCACUAACUGUAAGUCGCUCUGGAUAAGAGCGUCUGCUAAAUGACUAAAAUGUAAAUGUAAUGUAACUUAGCAACUGUGAAUAAUUGGUUCCAAAGUUGUUUCAAGCAUAAGAGUACCUGUAACUAUGCUAGCAUUCAGCUGUUUCUCUGAUAAACUAAUGAUCUGAAGAACGGUGCAGUUACAUUAGUACUGGUAAAGGAGUGAUUUACUCACUGAGCUAUAAAUGAAAUUUGCUACUACAUAUGGAUUUGCUUCACCGCACAGUUACCUAUACUAUAGCUAGCUCACUUGUUAGUGUCCCAUAGGACUACACUUGCUGCUACUGUAACGCUACCGUGUUGCAGCUGUGUUGACAUUUCACCUAUCCAUGUCUUCAUCCACUUUUGAUGUCGCUAGCUAUCCAGCUAAUGUUAGCUAGGUGACGUUAGCCCCUGAUAAGUCGUUCGGCUAAUGUGUGCCUUGCCAGGCUGCUUACUAUAGCCAAGUGAAUGGCGGUAGCUCAUCAGAAUAAUAUUUAGCUUUUUUCUUACUCACCGUUUUACCGUCAGCCCAUCCAACAUCUCCAGAUCGAUCUAAGUGCAUUACAGACAGAAGUAAUCCGUAGCACCAGGUUGUAAACGGGAAGUAAUAAGCCAACACAUGUACAGUACAUGUUUUGUAAGUGGUUCCAAAUUAACUAAAGCCAGCCCUCGCAAGACACGUAUAGUUGGCUCGAAAUGUACAUACUUUUAUCAGGAAACGCUUGGCAUAGAUGCAGAAAACUUCGGAUUUCCCUGUUCACUAAAACAAUGACUUAUUGACUUAAAUCGUUGUGCAACAUCACGGGUAAGCUCUGGACAUCAUCUUUCAGCUGAAAAAAGUGGAUUUUCCCUGGUGUGAGAUAUCUUUGUCAGUUGUUAGCGAUAUCACAUUACUUAUGUACAUUGUGUUUGGCAAAGCUGACUCACCCUUACGUACAGUGCAUUCGGAAAGUAUUCAGACCCCUUGACUUUUUCCACAUUUUGUUACAUUACAGUCUUAUUCUAGAAUGGAUUAAAUCGUUUUUUCCCCUCAUCAAUCUACAAACAAUACCCCAUAAUGACAAAGAAAAAACUGGUUUUUAUAAAUGUUAGCAAAUGUAUAAAUAAUUCUAAACUUAAAUAUCACAUUUACAUAAGUAUUCAGACCCUUUACUCAGUACUUUGUUGAAGCACAUUUGGCAGCGAUAACAGCCUCAAGUCUUCUUGGGUAUGACGCUACAAGCUUGGCACACCUGCAGAUCCUCUCAAGCUCUGUCAGGUUGGAUGGGGUGCGUCGCUGCACAGCUAUUUUCAGGUCUCCCCAGAGAUGUUCGAUCGGGUUGAAGUCCGGGCUCUGGCUGGGCCACUCAAGGACAUUCAGAGAAUUGUCCCGAAGCCUCUCCUGCGUUGUCUUGACUGUGUGCUUAGGGUCGUUGUCCUGUCGGAAGGUGAACCUUCGCCCCAGUCUGAGGUCCUGAGCGCUCUGGAGCAGGUUUUCAUCAAGGAUCUCUCUGUACUUUGCUCCGUUCAUCUUUCCCUCGAUCCUGAUUAGUCUCCCAGUCCCUGCCGCUGAAAAACAUCCCCACUGCAUGAUGCUGCCACCACCAUGCUUCACCGUAGGGAUGGUGCCAGGUUUCCUCCAGAGGUGAUGCUUGGCAUUCAGGCCAAAGAGUUCAUUCUUGGUUUCAUCAGACCAGAGAAUCUUGUUUCUCAUGGUCUGAGAGUCCUUUAGGUGCCUUUUGGCAAACUCCAAGCGGGCUGUCAUGUGCCUUUUACUGAGGAGUGGCUUCUGUCUGGCCACUCCACCAUAAAGGCCUGAUUGGUGGAGUGCUGCAGAGAUGGUUGUCCUUCUGGAAGGUUCUCCCAUCUCCACAGAGGAACUCUGGAGCUCUGUCAGAGUGACCAUUGGGUUCUUGGUCACCUCCCUGACCAAGACCCUUCUCCCUGAUUGCUCAGUUUGGCAAGGCGGCCAGCUCUAGGAGGAGUCUUGGCGGUUCCAAACUUCUUCCAUUUAAGAAUGAUGGAGGCCACUGUGUUCUUGGGGACCUUCAAUGCUGCAGAAAUUUUUUGGUACCCUUCCCCAAAUCUGUGCGUCGACAUAAUCCUGUCUCGGUGCUCUACGAACAAUUCCUUCGACCUCACUGUGAGACCUUAUAUAGACAGGUGUGUGCCUUUCCAAAUCAUGUACAAUCAAUUUUACCACAGUUGGACUCCAAUCAAUUUGUAGAAACAUCUCAGGGACGAUCAAUGGAAACAGGAUGCACCUGAGCUCAAUUUCGAGUCUCAUAGCAAAGGCUCUGAAUACUUAUGUAAAUAAGGUAUUUCUGUUUUUUAUUUGUAAUACAUGCUGCACCUGUUUUCGCUUUGUCAUUAUAGGGUAUUGUGUGUAGAUUGAGGAAAAACAUUUAUUUAAUCAAUUUUAGAAUAAGGCUGUAACAAAAUGUGGAAAAAGUCAAUGGGUCUGAAUACUUCCCGAAGGAACACACAUACAGUGCAUAUCAGUUUUGAGAAGCAGAGGGUUAGGGUUAGAGAUGUCUUAAGUCUUUGUAUGUUUAUUGGAUAGACAGAUAGUGGUGAAAGAGAGGAUGGAGAGUGUGCUGUGUUAGCAGUGUGCAGGAUUCUAACCCUUGCUGCAGCGGUAUAGUGCACCGGAGGCAGCAGCCUAGACCGCUAGAGUAUUUGUAUUUAUUAUGGAUCCCCAUUAGCUGCUGCCAUGGCAGCAGAGUAGACCACCCUAGGCCACAGGGUUAGAGAUGUUUAACUGUGUGUGUGUUCCUGGUCAGGUUUGAGAAGCAGCUAGCGGAGGAGGAGAUGUCUCUACAGCAGCAGAGGAGGCGGCUCUACAAGGAGGUGUCUGAGGAGAAGGAGAGACUCAACCAGCUGGCUGCCAGGUGAGGUCAAAGGUCAUAUAGAUAGAGGCUGACACCCAAUGUUGUCAUCUCUGUAUGUCUAGGCCUAACACUUCAGUCGCUGUGGACACUGGUGUGUACAGUUAGACUGAUGACAUGGCCUGUAUUUGACUUUACUGUACAGCAUCUAGUACAUUAGAAUCAUACAGUACUUAGGCUAUCAUAUGAUGAUGUGUGUAGUAAUGUAAUCUCAAAAACCGUAAUUGCGUAAAAUGCUCGAUUAGGUUCUGGGGGCAGAUUUAUGAGAAACGAUAGUAGCGAAGUCUCCAUCCCCUUAAACGGAAAGUCUCAGCCAAAGUAUGGGACAAACUCGAAAGAUGGGAACACCUGCGAAAUUGUGAUUUGUCCAAAUGAUCAGUGACAAACAUCUGCGUACCGAUACAAAGUUCCUCGUUAGUUGUCACAUCCCACAGUCUGUUGACAGACGUAACGAUACCAUCCUAUGUUACGUACAUCUGUCCACGAGAGUUUACUAGUAAUGUAAUGCCUACUGUUUGAAUAGUGUGUGUCAAGUAUCAGUGGAGCAUCUCUAAAGUGAAUGUCCUCUAUCACCACCCUGCAGGCAGCGUGCUGAGCUAGAGGACCUGAGGAAGCAUCUGGAGGAUAACAGCUCCCUGGCAGGGAGAGCUCUGAGAGAAGAGCUGGAGAAGAGCAGGGAGGAGCAGGAGAGGAGACACCAGGUAAUGGACGGUACCCGUCCCUACCAUAAUAUAUAUAUUAUUAUACAACAGGUGGUUUGGAAUUCCCAUUGUUAGAGCCUAUCCUGCCCAUUGUAUACUAGACAACAUACACAUGGCCAGUACAUUCAUAAAAAGUGCCGUCGUUACCUAGCAACACACUGCUACUACAACUACUACUACUUUUACAGAUCCACUGCCCAGCCAUGCAAUUUAUAAACUUGAUCUCGACUAUAAAAACAUCUAGACAUUAUCUCCAACUUUUGCAACAUUGUUGGAAUAUUGAAAUUCGAUUUCUAAUGUGUCCCAUAGUAAUGAGGGAGUUGGGACGAAGCAGACCGGCAGCUUUUCUCAGCCAGUCGAAAUCAUGAAUCGACCAGUGUUAGUGAAUGUAGCAUCACGUUUUGUUGAAACAUUUAUGGUUUGGGAAAGAGUUUUGCUUUUUAAUGCUUGUAACCCUUUGUAUAAAAGCAAUGACCACAUCACAGCCAUGAUACAAAUUUCAAAACACAUGGCUUCAUGUAUUAUUGCUGAAAAAUGCCAUUUAGCAGAUGCUUUUAUCCAACGCGACUUAUAGCCAGGCGUGCAUACUUUUUUGUACAGCUGGUCGCGGUGGGAAUCGAACCAACAAUCUUGGCGUUUCAAGCGCCAUGCUCUACCAACUGAGCUGCAAAGGACCAUCGAGACUGGCCUACAGACACUCUGACUGGCUAACAUGGGUUGUGUUCUGUUGUCUGGUCUGUUAGUAACUUUGUUUCUUGUCUGUCUAGGUGGAGAUAAAGGCCCUCAGAGAACGCCUGGAGAUCGAGAAACAGACCUGGGAGGAGAACUACAUGAAGAAGGAGGUGUGUGUGUGCAUGCGUGAACACUGUUUGUCCAUGUCAGUGUGGUUGUCCCCUCUCCCUCCCUAUUUGCUUGUUAAGCACGCUAGCUACAUGCACUCCCCCUCUCCUAGCACUGCUAUGGUGCAGUGUGGCAGACCACUACACACUCAGCACUGCAUUGGCCAACUUGGCCAGUGUCCUAACAGCGUCCUACAACCGAACAGCCCAAGCUGUUAUGUCCAUACUAGGGCUGUGGCAGUCAUUACAUUUUGGCAGCCGGUGAUUGUCAAGCAAAUAACUGCCGGUCUCACAGUAAUUGACCGUUAAUAAACAUAAACACAUUUAGCAUCUCCUGGCUUCCACGCAUAGCCUACAAGCCACUGAUGCAGACCUUUUGGAACAUCUACAUUUUAAAAAGUCUAAUAAAUCCAUCACAAUAAAGCCAUUAUUCAUUUUAGACAGGUCUAUAUAAACAUGAUAUGAAGAAAAUGUAGUCUGUUUCAGAAGAACAGAAUAGCAUACUCUGAGUUGUCCUUAUGGUAGGCCCUGAUCUGGCUAUGCCAUAUGGCUGUGGGCUACAUUACUUCAUUUAGCAGACAAGAUUUGCUUAGAAUUCCAUGGCAAUAUUUUAUAUUAUUUUAUAGUAUGAAGAAUACAAUAGAACAUAGCUGAAUAAAAUAGAAAGGAUAUUUUCUCCACAAAGUAUUUGAGGGAGUGCGCACAUGCGGCUAUUCUGUGUUGAACGGUUAACAAAGAAACGGGUACUCCUAUAUGUUUAAUUUAGAGUUAUUUGUGAUACAAACGUUGGGCUAUAUGUUUUAUGUGUAAGGCUGCAUGAUGAGCUCUGCUUUGUUGUUUUUUUGUGCAGACUGUACACACUUCAUCAGUCUCUCAUUCACAAUUUGACAAGCACUUGAUAAUGCCUCGAAUUUCCCGCGGCAAAUAUAUCAUCCACAAGUGAUAGGCUAAUAUUGUCACCCAUCAGACUAUUCUUGAUUUAAUCUUGUCUUUACAUAUACUAAAUAAUAAUAUAUGUGUGAAAUUUGUUUUGCUUUAGAAUGGACCAUUAUCAUGCACCUGUAUCGAAACCGGGGCAGCGGGAAAAAAUACAUGUCAUCUAUGCACUUAAAUAGCGACUGAAGAACGCUAUUCCUGUGGUUCAUUUUCAUGCCAUCCUGUUGUAAAGAGAAGCAAUGUGCUUAAUAUUAGGAAAGUUGGGAAAUCAAUAUAGCAGGCCUAGCCUAUAGAAAGCUGAUGGGAUCCUCCUCUUUUUAAUAGAGGCCAUCACUCUGUUUUCUCACGCAAUUGCAUAACCUAUAGAAAUGUUGCGCAACACAUUUUCGGAACAUUUGCAUUGAUGUCAGAGUGAUUAGAGGGACAAUAGAGUGCUGAGGACCAGGCAGUUAGCAAGUUUGGCAGGCUACUAAUGACAAUCGGCAGCAUCAGAGCUUGUUUAUAUGCUGAAUGGAGUUGUUUGUAACUGUGUAGGACGAGAAAGCACAUGCAGCCUCAAUUAGCCUAGCUAAUUAGCUAGCUUAACUAGCUUCUCCCGGUUUGAUUCAGUCAAGACCGGUACUAUGUAAUCAUAUUGGAUGAUAAAUAACCAAGUUAUGGCAGCUAUUAGUCUACUAUAGCGCGAGUCGUCUUGGUUGGUUGCUGUCUCUCCUGCUAGAGCGUCACUUCUCUCUACCUCCUCUCCAUCGUGCUUUAUCAGCUCCGGUUAAUAAAGUAGCCGAAAAAAUAAUCUGCUGCUUCCCUCACUCGGAUCGGACCAGGUCUGGAUCCGACCAGGUCUAUACGCAACGGGUCUAGUUGUCCUCGGUCCGUUCGGAACGGGUCUCUAUAUUUAACAUUUUUAUUUAUGCAUACCUUGUCCAGAUGGGAAAGCCCCAGGUCCAUUUCAUGACGGGUCCAACUUUUUGGACCUGUGAAGGCCACUAGCAUGCACCCCCACAGGUUUUUCCAUGGGCCUUUUUAAAGGGGGAUUUUUCAUUGUGUUUGGGAGUCAGUCGAUGGCACAGUUCCAGUUCUCUGAGCGAUCUGAAAGCGAUCUCCUCCUCUCCAACCCCCACCACCACCAUCUCCUUCCCAUCUGCCCACCUCCCACUUCUUCGCUCCCCUCUUAAAUGUCAUGUGAAUACUAUGACCUACAGGACAAAGGACAUAUGGAGACAGGCAGGAAGGAUGGCAGAGGAACUUUACUGCAGCAGUCAGAGAAACUAAUGGUCACAAAGUCAUGAGAGCAACCUCAGUUUCACAUUGACCUGCGCAUGCCCUGCUGCUGUUGUCAGUGGAUUGUCUGUAUUCUGACAUCGGGGUUUAACCGUGUGUGUGUGUGUCUGUCUGUCUACAGGAAGCAUGGUUGUUGAGUCGAGAGCGCGAGCUGAAGGAGGAAGUGCGUCGGGGGCGGGACAAAGAGAUCGAGCUGGCUAUUCAGAGGCUGGAGGAGGAGACGAGCGGGGCCCGCGACGAAUGUGACCGGGCCGCUGACAAUCGGUUAGUCAUCUCACCAUUAAAUGUGACGUGUGUCCCUGUCUAUGUCCAUGUCUGUGAGUCUGCUUCGUGUGUUUGCAAGUGCUGCAAGGAUGAUGUGUAUAUUUUGCAUGUAUAAAUACGCAUAUGGUUACUAAUUUGCCUGAACAUACUACAUGUCUACAUGUUGAUAUACAGUGUUGAUAUACGGUCUAGACGCUGAUCUUGGGUCAGCUUUGCAUUUCCCCUACUAAUGGUUAAGGUUAGGAUUAUGGAAAGGAAAGCUGAUCCUAGAUCUGUACUUAGGGGAAACUUCACCCUGGAGCUUGAUAUACUGUUUCUGUGUGUCUCUCUCAGUGUGAAGCGUGUGAGGGAGAAGUACGAGGCUGAGCUGAGAGAGUUGGAGCACUCUGAGAGGUCCGCCUUGGAGAAAACAGCAGGAGAUGAAGAAGGGACAGAGUGAGACGGAGGGAGAGCUGAUCAGACUACAGGGCCAGCUCAGACAGAGAGAGCAGGAGAUUGAGGACAUCACACAGGUACAGACACCAGCAGGCCCUGUUCCAAUACUCUGAAAACGCAGCCUUCCUUCCUCCCAUCCUUAGUUGGACCUUUUUCUUGCUGAAAGCUUGUUGGUGGAUAUGGCUGGAUAAGCUUGGCACAUCUAGCCACUGGGAUUUUUGCCCAUUCUUCAAGGCAAAACUGCUCCAGCUCCUUCAAGUUGAUGGGUUCCGCUGGUGUACAGCAAUCUUUUAAGUCAUACCACAGAUUCUCAAUUGGAUUGAGGUCUGGCCUUUGACUAGGCCAUUCCAAGAAAUGUAAAUGUUUCCCCUUAAACCACUCAAGUGUUGCUUUAGCAGUAUGCUUAGGGUCAUUGUCCUGCUAGAAGGUGAACCUACGUCCCAGUCUCAAAUCUCUGGAAGACUGAAACAGGUUUCUCUCAAGAAUUGCCCUGUAUUUAGCGCCAUUCCUUCAAUUCUGACCAGUUUCCCAGUCCCUGCCGAUGCAAAACAUCCCCACAGCAUGAUGCUGCCACCACCAUGCUUAACUGUGGGGAUGGCGUUCUUGGGGGGAUGAGAGGGUGUUGGGUUUGCGCCAGACAUAACGUUUUCCUUGAUGGCCAAAAGCUCAAUUUUAGUCUCAUCUGACCAGAGUACCUUCUUCCAUAUGUUUGGGGAGUCUCCAAAAUGGCUUUUGGCGAACACCAAACGUGUUUGCUUAUUUUUUUCUUUAAUUAAUGGCUUUUUUUCUGGCCACUCUUCCGUAAAGCCCAGCUCUGUGGAGUGUACGGCUUAAAGUGGUCCUAUGGACAGAUACUCCAAUAUCCGCUGUGGAGCUUUGCAGCUCCUUCAGGAUUAUAUUUGGUUGCGCCUCUGAUUAAUGCCCUCCUUGCCUGGUCCGUGAGUUUUGGUGGGCUGCCCUCUCUUGGCAGUUCUAUAUCGUGGAGCUCCGCCCCAUAGGGGAGCUCUGCUCCUAGUGGUUUACCCUCUGCCCUACGGCAGCAGCAGCCUGAGACAAAAUUAUGCACACACCUACAGCCAAUAGGAGUACAGGUGUCCCUAUAAGAGGGGAUGCCUCCCCUCAAUCAGCCUCCCUUUUUCUUCAGCGACUGGAUGACUAGACUGAAGAGCCAAGAAGAGACGAAGCACGAAGACUCAGGACGAAAACGCCGUUGAUAUUCCAGUCAUCAACGUCGUCUAAAUGAGCACACCGGGAGAUUUUCCACCCCCAAAAGCUCUUUUCAGAGCUCAGUGCAGAUGCACUUCCAUGGCGGCCGGUGACCACCACGACCUAUGUUUCGUGUGUUUGGGAUCCCAGCAUGCCAAGGAAGGCGUCUGCAGUCCCCCGAAUUGCGCCUCCUGCGCCCUCCUUUCUUUAAAGGAGAGGAAGCAGCGUUGGGCGUUUUUCAGGGAGGACAUCCCCCUUGAGGAUGUGCUGUCGAUACUAGCCUCUGCUUCAGAGGCGUCGUCCGACGGCGCAGACUUGGGGGAAGAUAGGGACUUUGAGGAAGGGUCUGGCAUUCCAAUGGAACAGUCGGACCCCGUCCCUCAUACUUUCAAGCCCCCCCUUUCCUUUGGAGAGCGAGAGGGCUUGUAGUCCCUAUAGCGAAGGGGAUACGAGCUCUGAGAGAUCAGAAGCUCUCUCUUUCGCUGCAGCCUCUCUGAGAUCGGACUUUCCGGGUCUCAUUGAGAGAGCUGCUCAACGGCUGGUAAUAAGGCUGCCCCCAUCUUCCCUCCGCACCGGAGGUUGAUAUGAUGGAGGGCGGUCCUUAUUCCAGGCCAAGGAAGGCGGCAGAGCCAGUGGCUCCUGCCAUGCCUUUUUGGCUAGGUACGUUGAGGGCUCGUGGGAGGCACCUUUAGCGGCGCGUUCGCCUGUAAAAGCGUAUCUCCCAUUCACGAGAGUGGAAGGAAGGUUUCAGGGUCAGGGAAUCCCCAGGUUAGAGAGCGCCAUGGCGGCGUAUCUCGUACCGGGUUCGAGCCCUUGGCCCUCUUCCAAGAAGGCCACGUUGCCAUCCCAGAAGGACCGACUCACAGCACAGCUGUUAGAGAAGUCUUUUGGGUUGGGAGCCCAAGCUGUAGCAGCAGCUAACAACAUUGCCCUCUUGGCGGCCUCUCUGUCCCGUUAACCACGGGUAAGACAGAGAUGGCACCGGAGGAGGUGGAGGAGGCGUCCAGAAUUUCUGGCGCCAUACUCCACCUGACACAGGCGUCCGCAGUCUGCGCGGGGAGAUCCAUGGCCACUUCGGUGGUCGGGGAACGACACCUCUGGUUGUCAUUGACAUCCAUGAAAGAGGCAGACAGGACGUCUCUCUUGAACGCCCCCCUCUCUGACGACGGCCUCUUUGGGGUCGCAGUCAAAGAGGCGACGGAGCGUUUCUCUAAGUUGGGAGGAGGAGAAGAAGCAGUUGGCCAAGCACCUGCCGUUGGCAGGACGACUCGGCCCCCCUCCUCCCCAAAGGCCAUCUACCUCCGCCCCUCUAAGUAGACCGGGGUCUACGACGAGGCGGCGUAAUCGGCGUCAUCCGGCGGCCACGAGCAGCAGGGAAUGGGCCCGGCCCUCCCAGCAGCUACGGUAGCCCCACUACAGCCGGCGAGGGAGGGUGACGAGGACGCCGACCUGGCCCUCAAGGGAGGCAAGAGGAGGCGUACGUGACGGGACGCGGGGGAGAGGAUGGAGGGACGCAUCGAUGGUGUCGAACGUGCCCACUGUUCCCCCCCACCCUUCGGUUGAAGGGAUGGGUGUUGAUGUUAAUGCCUUUGUUGAUGUGUUUAAUAAAGAGUUGGCUCCACCUGACUUUGUCAAAAAAGAGCCUCUUUUCCAUAAUACGUCCGAGAGCGUUCAAUCUCACCCUCUCUUCCUUACCACUCUAAGAACCGUUCAGCCCAACGAGGGUGCGUUGCUGAACAGGCACUAAGAGUAGGUAUCCAGAAGACCUCAAUCAGUCGUCACAUCACACUUCACGUAUAAGAAGUGCUUUACAUAGAAGGCAGCAGUCCGGUCAGAUUCUGACAUGAGGACGCAGCCGCUAUUUGGGGAUGGCGCACUAGCACAGACUAAGGUCUCCACUAGUACGAGCCAGACCCAUGCUGCGUUCACGGAGGGCCCGAUUACCGCGGUCACCAAGGUGCCCAGAGUAUCGGCACCCCCAGGCAUUGUAACACAGCAGCUAUCUGGGGACGGCGCAUUAUCACAGACCAAGGUCUCGGUUAAAGCGAUUCAGACCCAUGCUACGUUCACGGAGGGCAGGAUUACUAGCGUUAUGGGUAUAACCAAAGUAUCAGCUCCCCUGACAGAACGAGCCAGUACUCAUCACCACACUGAGCGUGAAUCAACCCACCAGGGGUGCCGUGUUGAACACACACAGAAGGUGAAAGUCAAGAAGGUAUCAAGGCGCCGCCUUGUUUUACCUCAUAGAGACCUCAUACUACAGACUUCUAGGAGUACUGUAGUGAAGGGCUCUGAUAGCGAAUUGCAGUCACCUAAGAUGACGCAAUUGCUUGCUGGGGAUGGUGCCCUGCCGCAGGCUGUGGCCUCGGUCAGCGCAAUUCAGCACCCGCGAUGCGUUCAAGGAGGGCAGGGAAUACGACGGUUACGGGUUUUAAACCGACGUCCCUACUCCUCUUUUUCUUUCUCAGAACGCAUCGAUAGUUCCUCUCCUUUCACGGGAGGCCCACCUUGGGCUGUUCCACCACUUCAAUGUUGGGGAACAGUGGGGGGAAGGGGGCCCAUUAGGGGGGGGAAUACAGGCCUUUCCCUCCUGGAUGCCCCCCAGUUUCGCGCCCCCCCCGCUUUCCUGCAUUGCUGGCAGUGGGGAAAAAAGGCCUGCACCCUCUAAGGGCGGCUUAGAAACAGACGUUUUGCAAAAGGGGUUUUUUGCCCUACAAUUCCCCGCGACCCCCCCCCCCGGCGGGGGAAGGGGUGGAGACGGUGGGGAAAACGCCGGGAAAAAGUGGCCGCUUGAUGCCAGAGAUUACGGAAUUUUUGGCGAAGGGGGGAGGGGUGAAGUAGUUCCCCGGGAGAAAAGGAAAAAAGGGCUAUUUUGCCUUUUUCCAGGGCCCAAAAAAGACGGGGGGGGAAUGAGGCGUUUUUGGAUUUAGGGCAUUCCAACGGGGGAGCAAAAACCAAACGGCCCCUUUCCAAAUUUGCAAACGAAAAAAACGUCGCUGGAAGGGUUUUCCAGAGAGGGGAUUUGGGGUACGAGCAUAGCCCUAAAGGACGCGUAUUUUCAGGUCCCGGGUUUUCGCCGCGUCAAAAGGAAGUUUCUGGGGUUUUUCGCCUUUCAAGGGGGGGGUACGAAUACACGAGGAUGCCAUUUUUGGGGACGCCCUGGGGACUCGCCCCCAUUUUCCAAGGGUUUUGGGGGGGCGGCAUUUUGGGAACCCUGCGUGUCAGGGGGGAAACGGGUACUAGCCUCCCCGGACGAAAAACUGGUUCUCGCCCCGUCAGCAGAGUGGCGAUUUUUUCCCCCAAACACAGCCCCCGAGUCUCACAAGUCUGGGGGUUUUCUGUGAAUUGGAAAAAAGGCCCCGGCCCAAAUCAUCAAUUUUCACCUGGGGAUACCGUAGACACUGUGAGGAUGAGGGCCCCAAACUCGGACCCCCGGGGGGUAGCCUUGGGUUUUCUAGCCCUAAGGGGUGUCCGGGCCCAAUCACAAGGUGGGCGGCGCUGCGAUAUGUCACUUUUGGGUUCAUGUCGUCAGGGCCCCCUAUGUGGGGUUUCCCCGGGAUCCUGCAUAUGGCAGGAUGCAGCGAGGUUGCCCCCUAAAACUAGACCCAUUGCGUCAACGUUUUCGGGGUUUGGGGGUGGUUCCCCUCUCGCCAGGGAGACCCAAAUAUUUGGGGAAAAAAAGCGCUUUUCCCCGCCCCGGAAAGUCCCCCAUUUGGGAAAGGGGAAAAGGUUUUCCCUCAAUCCCCAGGGUUAUUGGACGGGGAUGGGGCCCUGGGGCGGCGGGGGGGUGGGGGGGGGGAAAUGUCGACACAAGCGAUAGGGGGUUUUGGGGCCUCAAUAGGUUGUACAUAAAAACCCCCGGGGGUUUGGGAAAAGGGUUUGAAUUUUUGACCCCCCCCUUCCCCGUCUACCCUUCGGGGGGGGCGGAUUUUUUGGGUGGUUUUGGAGGGCAACCGGACCACAAGUUUAAAACCCACAACAAGGCCAGGGAAAGGGUCAGGGCUCCUGUUUUUCCAUCGGGGGGGCCCCCAGAGGAAUUUGGCUGUGGGCUCAAAAGGGGAGGGUUUGCUCAUUUUAGAAACAGCCCCACAUUCCGGGGUACUUGAACGUAGGGGCCCGGGCCUCAAAGUCCAAAAAGGGGGGGCCUCGAGACGAAAGAAAUGGGGGUCGAUUUCCCGAAUUGUUUUCCAGAUUUUGGGAAAAAAUUCGGGGGGGAGCCCAGGUGGACCCCUUUUUUGUUUUACGCCCUGAACGCGCAAAGUCCCCCUGGGUUUUCUAGAGGGGGGGAAAAGGACGAACCGCCCCUGGGGGAAAAGGGGCGCCUUUUCGCACCCAAAAAUGGCCGAGAGUUUCCCGUAUGCAUUUCCCCCCGCGGCCUUUCAUUCUCCCAUCUAACAGGGUGGGAGGGGCAGGGGGGGUUGGGAAAUGGGUAAUGAUAGCGCCCGAUCGCCCGGGGGCUCCCUUUGGUUUGGGGAGAGGUAAAAAGGUUUGAUGCGCCACCUUGGGGCCCCCUUUCCCCCGUCGGGCGGGGCCCCUUUUUCUCAGGCGGGGCACGAUUUGGGAAAUUUCCCCCAAUCGGGCCCAACCCCUGAAGGGGGGUGCUGGAAAAGGGACAGGCUAGGGGGCCGGGGUUAAUUUUGAUUUCCAAAAUGAUCAGGAAACCAACAGGGUUCAAGUGCCAGUUUCCCCUUUUUUUAAGGGUGUAUGCAAAAGAUGGAAAGUGUUUUAAAAAAAGGGUUGGGGGUCACCAAAUUUUAGACCCCCUGAGCUGUCAGGUGGAAAAGUAUUCUCUCUUUUCUACAGCUUUAUGUUUGAUAAGCAAAAAUGCCGCCACGAUUAGAGUGUUUGCAAGCGGGGUUCAGCUUGUCAGAGGGUUUUGGCAAAAGACAAUGUCUUUUGGGACCCUCUGGGAAAAGCUUCCUAUUAGGAAGCGGCGACUUUGGCCAAAAUAGAGCCCCUUUCCCCAGUGGGGGUUGGCUUUUGGGGACCCCGAAAACGUAUGGUUUAAGGGCGCCGUUUUGGAACCUUGAAUAAAAACCCCUAAGAUUUCGUCUAAAAGACCCCGCACUGGGCUGCUUUUACUACAGCUAAGCGGGGUCAGUGAUUGUUUUUGGGGUCUUUGACGAGAACCCGAGCUUGGGCCCCUCAAUGGGGUGACAGAGCCAAAAAAGAGUGUUCGUCCCAACCCGGCAUUUUUUUCCGAAAGGGUUUUUAAGAGGCAUAUUUGGCACAGACCCUGGAGGGUGUGGGGUUUUUUUUCCCCCUCAUAAAGAGGGGGAGGAAAGGGGAAAAGGGAAAAACUCCAAACGCCCGUGCCCGGUAAAACCCCUUUUUGGGGUUGGGGCGCGAAGGGGACAGCAGCGAUUAGGGGCCUCGCCUUUAGUUGUUUUUUUGGGCACGGGUUUUUUGGGGGGUGGGAAUAGGGUAGACCCUUCCCAAAAAGAGGUUGGGCUCAUUGGCUUUGGGGAGGCAUUGAGAAGUUAUGAGGGAGCCCCGGGGGGCAAUUUCCUCAGGGUUCAGAAGGUCACUCCACUCGUGGAGUAGCGGCUUCUUUCUUUCCCUUUUUAGGGGGAAAAAAAAGUUAAGGAUAUCGGGAGAGCAGCAUUUUCCCGGUCGGGCGCCCCCCCCCCCAUUUAUUUCCCUUUUUAUUCUUUGUAUGGGCUUCUAAUUUUCUGGCUGUUUUGUACUCAGGGGGGCUGAAGGGAGGGUCUUUUUGGGCCCAAAAAAGAGGGGGAAAAAGAGGACUGUGGACACAGGUUUCCCCUCAGGUCCGCUUUGGUUAGGAAGACAUGUUUUUUACAGAUGUGUUUUUUAAAAUCUUUUUGGGUCGGGUUUUUAUCAAAUAGCUGAAGGGGAUCUUGAAUAGGAAAAGAGGGAAAAACAGGGGCUAUGGCAAAGGGGUUUUCCUCAGGGUCCGCUUUUGGGUAAGGGAAAAAAUAUUUUGUGGCAUGGGAAUUUCCCGACUGACAGGGUCCCGACCCGAGGGCAUGCGUUGAUUUAAAAGAAGGGAGGUUUUAAACUAUUGUUGUUCAGUUAAAAUGACUCAUGUUUUUGGGGUUUCCCGCCCAAUAAUCUCGGGAUUCCCUUGAGGUGAGUGAGGCGGUUUUACCGCGUUUUCAAUGUAGAGUGAAUUGGUGUCUUCCAUUAGUGGGGGGUUUUUUUUUUUUUUUUUUUUUGGUUUUUUUUUUUGUUUUUUUUUUUUUUUUUUUUUUUUUUUUUUUUCGGAGGGGGUUUUUUUUCAGUAUUUGGGGGGGUCUUUGCAGCCCGGUGGGCUUUUUUUUCUGGGAAUUGGCCCAAUACAUUUUUGGGGAUUGCCUUAAAAAAGGGGGGGGGCUUUAAACCCGGAAUGAAAACCGGGUUUUUUAGGGACGGGGCCCUAGGGGUUUUUAGUUCAGUUGCGGGAAAAAUCGGGAGGGAUUUUAGGGACUUUCCCCCUUAUGGGAAUUUUUACUCCGGGAGGGGGGUUAAUUUUGGAGGGGCUCCUCCGGGGGGGUUAAACCCUAGAAACAAAAGCUCCCCGGGUUUUGAAAGGUUUUUUGGGUGCCCAGUUUUUAUUUAGGGCGCCCCAAAGGGGGAAAAAAUUUAAGGCGCCACCCUUUAUUUUUUUUUAAACAAAUUUGGGGUAUUGGGGGGGGGUUUCCCCCCCCAUAGGGGAAAAUCCUAAAAAACAAUGUUAAAUUUUCCCGGGUUUUAAAGCCUAGGAAAAAAAAAACCCCCGGGGGAGAAUCCCCUUUUCAAGGUAUUUGGUUUGACCGGGGUUCAUUUGGGUUAUUAAAAGGGGGCGGGGUGGAAAAAAAAUUUUAAAGCGGGACUUUUUUUUUUAUUUUUAAAAAAAAAAUUUGGGUUUUUUUUUUUUGGUUUGGGAAAAAAAAAAAAAAAAAAAUUUUUUUUUUUUUGGGUUCCAAAAGGGGGAACUGGUUUUAAGGGGUGGAAAAAAUUUUAUCUUUUUUUUUGGUCCAAAUGAAUGCCAAAAGUUUUAAAAAACCCUUUCUCACCCCUUGUUUUUUUUCCCCCUAAAACCCCCCCCCACCCAAUAUCCUUCUGUUUCAAUGUAGGUGACACUUGGUGUCAUUCCAUUAGUGGUCGGUAGUGUUUUCACAGGAUAUGAGGCACAUCUAUCUGCUAGUACAGAUUAGUAUGGCUUCUAUUCUGGUGAUCUGCCCACUAGUCAUUGGCAUUGCCAUUGGACUAGGUGGGGCGGGUCUUUAACCGAUGACGCGGUAUAUUGUGACGCCCGUAGGGGUUUUUAGUUGCAGUACUGCGGGACUCGGUUGCAGCCAUUGCUAGGCCUGACUUUCUCGUUUCGAUGGGAAGUGUUAGGCUCGGCAGGGAGUACAUUUUGGAGCGCUACGCUCCGCCUUAAACCACUAGGAGCAGAGCUCCACGAUAUAGAACGAUUAGUUACCGGAGUGUAACUCCAGUUCUAUGAGUGGAGCGGAGCCCCAUAGGACUUAAGGCCUGCCGACCCUCUCUAGUCUCGCUGAAGAAAAAUAUCUCGGGAGGCUGAUUGAGGGGAGGCAUCCCCUCUUAUAGGGACACCUGUACUCCAUUGGCUGUAGGUGUGUGCAUAAUUUUGUCUCAGGCUGCUGCUGCCGUAGGGCAGAGGGUAAACCACUAGAAGCAGAGCUCCCCUGUGACUUCUGAAGGUAUUUGGUUGCACCAGAUCUUAUUUAGGGUCUUCAUAGCAAAGGGGGUGAAUACAUAUUCAUGCGCCACUUUUCCGUUUUUUCAUUAUUUUUUUUUAUUUAUUUUUUCAUUUCACCAAUUUGGACUAUUUUGUGUAUUUCCAUUAUAUGAAAUCCAAAUAAAAAUCAAUUUAAAUUACAGGUUGUAAUGCAACAAAAUAGGAAAAACGCCAAGGGGGAUGAAUACUUUUGCAAGGAAACAUAUGUGGUAAUCAUGUUGGUGGAUAUGACUGGAUAAAUACAUGUUGGUGGAUAUGGCUGGAUAAAUACGUGUUGGUGGAUAUGGCUGGAUAAAUAUGUGUUGGUGGAUAUGACUGGAUAAAUACAUGUUGGUGGAUAUGGCUGGAUAAAUAUGUGUUGGUGGAUAUUGGUCCAAGACUGUAAGGUGACUUAUCUAGGUCAAUGAUGCCCAUGUUAAAACCCUUUCUCACCCCUGUCCCUCUAUCCCAUAUCCCUCUCCCUGUCUCUCUCCCGUCCCCUCCCCUCUCUCUCUUUCUCUCUCCUCUCCAGAUCCGUGACAAGCUGUCGAGGAGCGUCGCCAGCCUGGCAGAGGUGAUCAGGCAGGAGUUUGCUGAAAGGACUCAUCGUGACGGAGGAUGAGAACAGGAGGAUGAAGAUUGAGACGUCGGAGGUCAGGGGCUAGGCUAAGGCUGGAGGUCGAGAUGGGUCAUCAGGAGAAGGAGGAGGGAGCUGGCAGAGGUCCCAUCAACCGGUGAGGAUGGAGGGAGAGGAGAGGGAGUAGGAGAGGGAGAGGGAUAGAAGGAGAGGGGAGAGGGAUAGAAGGAGAGGGGGAGGGAUAGAAGGAGAGGAGGUGGAUAGAGUGAAGGAGAGGGGAUAGAGUGAGAGGAGAGGAGGGGAGGGGGAUAGAGUGAGAAGAGAGGAGAGGGAUAGAAGGAGAGGAUCUUGUGUGAUGGUAUUAUAGCCAGGUCUCCCUUGGGAAAGACCUCAAUGGGCUAACUGUGGCAAUGUCAAUUUAAUCACCAGUAUUUACACUGUUCUAGAAUAGCUGGGCACAGACUGUUGUCUGUUUGUUUCCUGUAUAAUGAGACUGUGAUUCAGUCGGUAGUGUAGGAUGUAAAUAAAAAAGAAAUUUGAAAUAACAGCGAAAGGAGAAAGUCAUCUCCAAUGCCUAAACAAUGUUAUUUUUCCUUAUGUUUCUUCUCUCUUGUUUUGGCAGGGUGAAGUCAGCCAUCUUGAAAAAGGAAGAGGACUGUGGCUAGCCUGAGGGAAGCAGCAUGAGGUGAGUCCUAGUCUGGGUCCCAAAGAGCACCCUAUUCCCUUUAUAGUGCACUACUUUUGACCAGAGCCAAUAGGGGGAAUAACUCACCGUUUGGGACUACGGAGACAGGGGUUUACACUAAGUUAACAUUGGAGAGGGAUUGAAAGGAACUGAGUUCGGGGCGUGAGAAAUGAUUGAUAGCUCUGUUAAACCCCGCCGUUCUCCUUUCAUAGGCUGCUCUGAAGAGGGCGGGACCACCUGGAGGCCCUAUUGGAACAGCAGAGGGAAAGCAGCUGCUGGAGAAG